AUGAGAGACAAUAUAGAGCCUGAUGAUGUGAGGCUGGUGGGAGGAGGCAGUCACUGUGCUGGUGGAGUGGAGUGGUACGACCAGGGAGAGUGGAGGACUGUGGUAGCUUACUGGGAGCAGGAGGAUGUAGCUGCAGUAGUGUGCAGACAGAUGGGUUGUGGCUCCACUGUUUCAGCACUACGUGGAAACACCACUAGAGGGUUUGGAUUUAUCUGUUCUGGGUCUGUUUCUUCACUGAGGGAGUGUUCCAGAAUGUAUGAUCUCCUUCCUGGACUCACAGUGAUCUGCUCAGAGUCUGUGCGGCUUGUGGAUGGAGCUGGUCUCUGCUCUGGGAGAGUGGAGGUGAAGUCCAAUCAGUCCUGGGCCUCAGUGUGUGAAGCUGACUUUGACCGGCAGGAUGCAGAGGUAGUCUGUAGGGAUGUUGGCUGUGGGGCUCCUGCAGCUCUACAGGGGGGGCUCUAUGGAGAAGGUGAGGGUCAGACCUGGGAUAAAGAGUUCCAGUGUAAAGGUAAUGAGUCCCUUCUCCUGGACUGUGACACCUCAGACAGAGAGAAGAACACCUGCCUACCUGGUAAUGCUGUUGGAGUCACCUGCUCAGAGCCUGAUGAUGUGAGGCUGGUGGGAGGAGGCAGUCGCUGUGCUGGUGGAGUGGAGCGGUACGACCAGGGAGAGUGGAGGAUUGUGGGAUCUUUCUCUAACGUGAUGUCUAUAGCUGAAGUAGUGUGUAGACAGAUGGGUUGUGGCUCCACUGUUUCAUCACUACCUGGAAACACCACUAGAGGGUUUGGAGUUUCCUGUUAUGGGUCUGAGUCUUCACUGAGGGAAUGUUCCAGAAGUCAUCGUCUCCUUCCUGGACUCACAGUGAUCUGCUCAGAUCUCCUGGUCCAGCCUGAUAUCUUCCUGACUGACCCAAUGGGAGGGGUCUUCAGGGGCCACCAGGGGCCCGAGAUGUUCAGGGGCUACAAUUUCACCAUCACCUGCUCCACUCAGCCACAGUACCCAGGAGGCUCCUUCCUCCUCACGUUCACCGGCUCCAACAGAACCCAGACCCAGCCAGCUGUCAAUCACUCUGCUGCCUUCCUCUUCCCUGCUGCAGAUGACUCCCACCAAGGGAACUACAGCUGUGUUUAUGACAAUUAUGUUUUCUCUCAUAACUUCUCCUCUGAGAGUGAGCUCCUCCCCCUCGCCAUCACAGCCUCUCCUCUGCCAGCCUUCAUCAUCAGACACGUUGUAGUGCUGCUGAUCCUACUGACAUCCAUCACCACCUCCUACCUGUACUACAAGCCCACCAGGAGGCAGAAGAGAGUGAACAGGGUGAGCAGCAUGGAUCUUUAUGUCAAUGCCAUGGAGAUGGUCUCUCUGAGCUCCAGAGCUGAAGCUGGACCGGGAGAGGAGAGAGCAGCCCAGGGGACGGAGUAGGAGUAGAAUGAAGCUGACCCUACAUGCUGAUCUUAGGUCAGUUUUGUGUUUUAAGUCGAUGGUCAGCUGUGUACUGGUGUUUAAAAUGUGGUGACAAACCUGAAGUGAUUUUAAUUUUAAUAACAAGUUCAGAAUUAGUUUAUCUUUCUAGAACCUUGGAAGAAAUCUAAAAGGAGUGACUGCAACCACCAUUAUUCAUUUAGUUUGGUUUUUACCACCAGAGAAACAUGGGGUUUUGGGUAACAUGGGGUUUUGGUAACAUGGGGUUUUGGGGUAACAUGGGGUUUUGGUAACAUGGGGUUUUGGUAACAUGGGGUUUUGGGGUAACAUGGGGUUUUGG